AUGUGGCUGCUCCCGGUUCUGUUCCUUCUCGUCGUCCAAGACAGAGGGCAAAGGUUCCUGGCUGGUAUUCAGGGCAGGGCCAGAAGCUGCAGCAGCCCCUGGGUCAACUCUGGGCCAAGGGAGGACGAGGUGCAUGUUGGUUUCUGUUUUCCAGGCCACUUCUGCACCUGCUUGGAGAGAAUGGUGAGAGGCAGAGAGGGGGGCACUCUGACCACAUCCUGUGAGUAUAGCCCAGGAUGGGAAUCCUACAGGAAGUGGUGGUGUCGCGGGAAGAAUUGGAAUUCCUGCAAAAUCCUUGUUAAGACCACUGGGUCAGAGAAACUGGUGAAGAAGGGCAGAGCGUCCAUCCAGGAAAAUCGUAGCCGACGCAUAUUCACCGUGACCUUGGAGGAUCUCCGUCGGGAAGACGCAGACACCUACUGGUGUGGGAUUGAGCGAACCGGCAAUGACCUGGGGUACAAAUUUUCUGUGGUUGUCGACCCGGGCCCUGAUCCAACAGACUCUCCCAAGCCUGUAGCGAGAACAAUGCUGCCCAGUUGGACUUCCUCUCGUCCAUUUCCCCAGGGCAUCAACAGCAGCCAGCCCAUGGAUUUGAAUAGCCCGCUAACCAGAUCAGCGACCCUGGCCUUCAGUGUAGCAGCAGAGAAUCCUCCUGUGUGGAUCCUCCUGGUACCUCCUCUUCUUGCCACCCUCGAGUGGCUCUGCCAAGGAUAAAUAACUAUUACAUCGUUCAGGACUCUGGCCAAUGAUGGGUUUUCCAAUUCCAGACCAACAAGUAAGCAUAAAACCUCAAUUAAACCAAAAAGCUUGAGAUUGUGUCCACGUGGACAAAUACCCCUGAUGGGCCAGCUGCACAGUGGUCCGCCAAUUCCACCUUCUGCUGCAUCAGUACCUCCCAGAGAAAGAAUUGCCUGAGCGUAAAAGAUUGAAGGCAGGGUUGGACCAUCACCCAACCCACAUCUCAUCUGUUUGCACUAUAUAUUUCCUAUUAAAAUCUAUGGCUUG